GAAAAAUAAACUGUGACUACUCAUAUUUCUCUCCCUGCGAGCAAUUUCCGUUUCUCCUUAACAAAGCUCUGAUCCGAGUCCACUCAGUUUUAGCUCGUCAGUGACUCAACGUACAUCGCCGUCUCCGAUCAUACGUACGCCGUACGUUUUUAUUACUGGUUGAAUUUUGUUUGGGCGGAGAUUUUGAGGGAAGAUGAGUGAAGUAUUUGAGGGAUAUGAGAGGCAGUACUGUGAACUUUCUGUCAAUUUGUCUCGGAAAUGCAAUUCUGCUGCUCAAUUGGCUGACGGAGAGCCGAAAAAGCAACAGAUUUCCGAACUCAAAGUGGGAUUGGAUGAUGCAGAUGUGUUGAUACGGAAAAUGGAUCUUGAGUCAAGAAGUUUGCAACCGAGUUUAAAAGCAACAUUACUUGCUAAACUGAGGGAAUACAAAUCAGACCUGAAUAAGUUGAAGAAAGAAGUGAAUAAACUAACCUUGACUAGUGCUAAUCAAGCUGCCCAUGAUUUAGAGUCUGGAAUGAUGGAUCCACAUGCAGCUUCUGCAAAUCAAAGGGAACGCUUAGCAAUGUCAACAGAGAGGCUCGAUCAGUCAAGUGACAGAAUCAGGGAGAGCCGAAGGAUUGCCCUAGAGACUGAAGAGCUUAGUGUGUUAAUUCUAGGGGAUUUGCACCAACAGCGUGAAACACUGCUACAUUCACAUAAUAAGCUUCAUGGUGUGGAUGAUGCCAUUGACAAGAGCAAGAAGAUCUUGACUUCGAUGUCUAGAAGAAUUAGCCGAAACAAGUGGAUAAUGGGCUCUGUGAUUGGAGCCCUUAUCCUGGCAAUCAUUAUUAUUCUGUAUUUCAAGCUUUUCCACCAUUGAGUACCCAUGUAAUUCAUUGGGAGUUUGGAUGUAAAUCUGAUUUGUUAUCAUGCAUCUAGCUUGUAAGCUAUACAGGUUCCCACUUUCAGCUGCAUUCUAGUGUAUAUCCUAAAUGAAACCAUCUGAUACUUUAAGGGAAAAAUAAGCACUUGAUUGUCA